AUGGCUAAUCCGGAGCAAAGUCAGGUUAUAUUCCAUGAUUAUCUCCACUUGCUCCCCGAAUAUGGAGUCUAUGAAAUCAACUUUACAAAUGACCUGCUUAACUUUGUUCGUAUUCAUGCCAGUGUCAACAAGCAUCGUGAUAAUGUGCAGCGCCUUUCUAUGCUCCUAACCAAAUCAGACGUUCAGGGAUCUCUAACAUCUCUUCAUUGGGGAUGUUUUGCACUGGAUGAACUACCAUCUACCACCAAUUUUGGAUUAUUUCAGGUCCUCCGCCGCAUCACUGUAGAGCUUUCUCUGUUUGAGAAAGACUACAGCUCCGAUGUCUUCCUAUUACUUCCUGCUAGCCUUCACCACAGUGGGACCUCGAAUUGGGAGGUCGAAAACAUAAAGAUGAUUUUAAAUGUGAGGUGGCAUCGAUGGUCAGCGAACGUUCUUCCAGUGAAUUUUAACAACGUCGACUACUUGGGGAUGAAAUAUUCUAUCGACCGACUUCGUCCACUCUAUCCUCAACUCCGCAAAUUCAAGUUUUGUCUCUGCGUCGAAGCCCAACCGGACUCUUACGACAUUUAUUCAUCUCGCCUGGAGGGUGUUCGAACAAAAUUGAUGGAAACAUUUAGUCUUGACGUCCCACUGGCAGUCUCAGGGGGUUCGCCAACUAUGUAUACCUCCGUACAGCUGGAAAUUGAAACUCGUGUAGAGGUAAAGUCUACGCAAACAACUCAGCAAACUGCUAGCGGAGUUAUUAGGCACCAUUAG